CUCGCUCCAUCUCCUCUACUCUUCCCUAGCGGACCUCCUCUGCUCUUAGCUUCACAUGGAAAACUCGCCAUGGAUCCCCUCACUCGCAGGUUGACGGUGAGGAGUGAAGUGAAGCCUUCUCUAAUUUAGCAGCGAAGUUUUACCUUUGCGUGAAACCAGGCGCGGUAAGCAGCAAAGGAUCACGUUGAACCACCAUCAGAAGAGACCAUCUCGGCGCUGAGCUGGAUGCAUGCAUUCAUAUGCGGCCGAGAUCGAGGAGCGCGCCUCCCAUGGACGGAUGGUGGUGUGUGCUCGCCUGCUUCUAGAACAGCAGGCCUCCUUUCCACGUCCUCUGCAGCUUACCCGCAGGCCUUUUCCGGAGAGCCGCGACGAGCUCGAGGCUACCGGACGUGUAAACACAGUGGAGUUACUGGUCUUCACCGCGGAAUUAGGGCUUCAGUUCGCCCCUGAUCACCGCGCGCGCACCGGCAACCGGCUGGUGAGGCGACCGAUGCCGAGCCGAGCUUUCCAUGUGAGAGGUGCCGUGUGUACGCCGAGCCGUGCGCCCCUGUGCUGCGUGCUCUCCCUUGUGCGCCCUGGCUUUGUCUCGUAGCCGGGGCGCGCAACAAACCUCUGUGGACGCACGCGCACGCGCGGCGCGCCAGAGCACGGAGCCGGGCCUUUAUCAACCCCGCCUCGCCAUGCCAUUGCCAUCCGCGAGCGAGAGAGCGAGCGAGAGAUAGAGAGAGCGUGUGUGUUUGUGUGAGGGUGAGGGAUCGAGCGAGCCAUGGGCCCUGGAAUGCUUGAGAUGGCGAUAUUCUACGCACAGGAGCGCAGCUUCUUCCAUCGGCUGGUGCGCGACCUCGGGCAGGAGAGGGAGCACAUGAGGUGGGUGAUCGCGCUCUGGCUUUGGCUCGAGGCCGAUGGGCACGACAAGUUCAUGCGCCGCGCGUCCGCGCUCCCGGGCCCCGUCGUGCUGCGCUUCGUCGACGAGGCGCUGGCGUGCCUCGCCCGCCUCGCGGGCCGCGAGCUCGCCGGCGCCGGCACGCUCCUCCCCUGCACCAACGCGCUCCUCAACAGGCCCAUCGACGACGUCACCUACUUCGAGGAGCACCGCGACAAGAUCAUGCCCGGCGUCAAGUUACUGUACAAGACCGUCUGCCGCGUCGUCCUCGACGACACCUGCGCCUCCGACGACGCCAUCUUCUUACCCAGGAGCAGCACCGCCUCCGUGCCGCGCGCCAUCGGCUCUCCCGCGUUCGCCGGCCCCACCCCGGUCCCCGAGACGCCGACGACGCCGACGACGCCGAGGUUCGCCGACCUGAACGCGAUAAUGACGCCGAGGUUCUCCCAGCUGAACGCGAUGGCGCCGCCGUGGUCACCGGUCCGGGUGGCGCAGCAGCAUCACCAGCAACACCAAAUGAUCAUCGACCCCCUUCCAGAGGAGUUCCGCUCGCUCUUCAUCACCUUCUCCCGCGGCUACCCUAUCGACAAGGACGACAUCAAGGAGUUCUUCAACUCGCUGCACGGGCCGUGCGUGGAGGACGUGAUGGUGGAGAGGGCGCCGGCGGGGCAGCUUCCGGUGUACGGGAGGGUGGUGCUGCAGAGCCCGGACAUGAUCCCGGUGCUGCUCGGGGGCGAGCCGACGGCCAAGUACAUCAUCAAGGGCAGGCACCUCUGGGCCAGGGUCUACGUGCCCAGCUCCAGGCACUCCACCUUCAUCGAAGCCUGAAUGCUUGAUCCAUCCUACAAUUAAGAAACUGUGUGCAUGAAGUUGGAGCUUGAAGAUGCAUGUGUCAUGGCGAUGGCACAGUCGGUUACUCGGUUAAUUGGCUACCUACUACUACUCGAUUGAUUGGUCCACAGACUAUACUCGAGAGAUGAGACCAUCGAUCGAUAUAUACAUAUGUGUGUCCAGUUUGUGCUUUGUGCUUGUCUUAAUUAUAUGUAUGGAACAAUGUGUGUUUACUUCCGUUUCCUUUUCAUAUAGACGUAUGCUUCUUUCA